CCGCGCUCCCCUUGGUACCCCCUCCCCGGCCGGCCGGCCGUGCGCAAGGCGAACAUGGCGGCGGCGGAGGCGGUGGGGCGGGACACUCUACCUGAGCACUGGUCCUAUGGCGUCUGCAGGGACGGCCGGGUGUUCUUCAUCGAUGACCUGACCCGCUCUACUACUUGGCUGCAUCCUCGCACUGAGGAGCCCGUCAACUCGGGCCACAUGAUCCGCUCAGAUCUGCCCCGCGGCUGGGAGGAGGGGUUCUCCGAGGAGGGAGCCAGCUACUUCAUUGACCAUAACCAGCAGACCACGACAUUUAGACAUCCUGUGACAGGACAGAUUUCUCCAGAAAACAUUGAAUUUAUUUUACAAGAAGAGCAGAAUUCACACAUGUCCAAGCAACGAGUAAACCAAAGACCCUCAAGCAUGGUCAGUGAAACAUCUACUGCAGUAACUACAUCCGCUGUAGAUACAAAACCUGGCUCCAAGGUUUUAAAAUCUGGCAAUAAAGUUCACAGCUUUGGAAAGAGGGACCAGUCUAUCAAGAGGAAUCCUAAUGUUCCUGUUGUGGUGAGAGGCUGGCUACACAAACAGGAUAGCUCUGGAAUGAGAUUAUGGAAAAGACGAUGGUUUGUGCUGUCUGAUUAUUGUUUGUUUUAUUACAAAGACAGCAGAGAAGAAACUGUUUUGGGUAGCAUACCAUUGCCUAGUUAUGUAAUAUCUCCUGUUGGACCUGAAGAUCGCAUAAACCGCAAGUAUUCCUUUAAGGCUGUCCAUACAGGGAUGAGGGCAUACAUUUAUAAUAAGAGUUCUGUUAUUGGCUGCCAGGCAGAGCAUUCAGGAAUGCGCACAUACUACUUCAGUGCAGAUACCUUAGAGGAUAUGAAUGACUGGAUCCGUGCCAUGAAUCAAGCUACUCUGAUGCAAACACGUUCAUCACUGAAGAGAGAAACAGAAAAAGCGGAUCAGCAAGCUGUUCCCCAAGCUAACCAUGUGGAUUCUCGCAAAGAGUGUGCAAAGGUGGAUACUGCUGAUAUAAAAGAAAGUUAUCAAAAAGCAACUGAAAUCUUUGACUAUGAUAGGCAUGAAGAGAUAAGAAAAGAAAGAGAAGAUGAGGAACGUUAUGUCUUCAGAAAAGAAAUUCUGGAAGCUAAGAGGGGAAAAUCUAAGUAUCUGUUAACAUCAGGAGAAGUGGAUCAGUUUCCAGAUUUAACAAGUGCAUCUCGGCCCCAAGUAGCUCAGCCUCAGCCAGUUGAGAAGAAUGGGACAUUUCCUAGUUCAUUAAACAUGAGUGUUGGCCCAGUGGAGCAGAAUGGUACCAGUUUCUAUAAAAGAAGGUUUGUUCCCAGAGCAAAUCCAGAUAAACAGAUGCAAAGGAAAAACAACAUGACUCAAGUGGAGCAGUGGGUAAAAGUCCAAAAAGGAGAUACAAAAAGUCUUGCUUCUGAUCAGAUGCUAACUCGUCAAGGUCCCAGUCAGUGUUCUUCUUUUCCUGAAAAUUAUCAUACCUUGCCAAAGAAUACCAGGCAGCCUUCCGGGAGCUCUUCUCCACCAAAUCGCAACUUGCCAAGUGACUACAAAUAUGCCCAGGACCGUGUAAGUCACUUGAAAAUGUCCCAUGAGGAGAGGAAAGCUAAUAAGGAUGGUACUGUAUGGCAGCUAUAUGAGUGGCAACAGAGACAGCAGUUUAAACAUGGCAGUCCAACUGCUCCAGUUUAUGCAGGUUCUCCGGACUUUACUGACCGUGGUAAAGCAAAAAGUUCACUAGAUGUUCCACGAUCAAUUUCUGUUCCUCCAUCUCCUUCCGAUAUUCCUCCACCAGGACCUCCAAAAAUCUUUCCGCUAAGGAGACCACACACUCCUGCAGAAAGGGUUACUGUUAAACCAUCUGAUGGGAGACAGAGUAUAGACAUACCUUUUGCUGGAUCUCCAAGGAGGAUACGAAAUCAUGCUGUAAAGAAUUCAGCACACGUUGAUAGACACUCCAUGCCUACUAUGGGAUAUAUGACCCAUACUGUAAGUGCACCCAGUUUACAUGGCAAGUCGGCUGAUGACACCUACAUCCAGCUGAAGAAAGACUUGGAAUAUCUGGAUCUAAAGAAGCGGUCUCCUUUUAUGAUAACAAUAAAAAAUAAUGGACCUCUGAUCAACAUGGUUUACAAAGUGCUAAAGAACUCAGCACAAGGGUUACUGUCCGGUAUAAAUGUGACAGGGCGUGAUGUACUAAAAGAACGAAGUACAAAACCUGUCAAGAUUGCAGAAAGUGAUAUUGAUGUCAAGCUAAGCGUUUUCUGUGAACAGGACGGGAUUCUACAGGACUUGGAAGACAAAAUAAGAUCCCUUAAGGAAAAUAAAGACCAGUUGGAAUCUGUUUUGGAGGUUUUACAUAGACAGAUGGAACUGUACAAAGACCAACCACUGCAUGCAGAAAAAAUUUCUUCCCAGCAGAGACUUUUGCAAGAGGACCUCAUUCAUAUUCGGGCUGAAAUAUCCAAGGCAUCCACUGAAAUGGAAAAUGCUUGGAAUGAAUAUCUGAAAUUGGAAAAGGAUGUGAACCAGCUGAGGCAAGCCUUACAGGAACAGAUGAACAGAUCAUUCUUUCCUCAGGAGAAAACACAAAUGCAAAAAGAUUUAUGGAGAAUUGAAGAUGUCACAGCUGGCCUAAGUGCAAAUAAAACAAACUACAAAGUUAUAGUAGAUUCUAUAAAAAAUCCAGAAAGAAAAACAGUGCCUUCAUUUUCUCAGCCUAUAGUGCCUUCAUUAUCAACUUCUCUCACGACUAUGGAGAGCAAACAUUCUACUCAGCGAACUCCUCCAUCCAGUCCUGUUAAGUCCUCUUUGGAGGUUAGGCUAUUUCCACAGCCUUAUUCUCAGCCUAGAACACAGUCUCAACCACAACAGCUGAAAAAAGUUGAGCAUCCUCUUCAGUCACCAGUGAAGCUAAAGUCAAAAAUUGAAGAUGAAGCACCACCCAGACCUCCUCUCCCUCAGGUCUACAGUCCUGAUGAUCACCCACCAGCUGUUCCACCUCUUCCAAGGGAAGCCAGUGUCAUCAGGCACACAUCAGUGCGAGGCCUGAAACGUCAGUCAGAUGAAAGAAAGCGAGAUCGAGAACUGGGACAAUAUGUCAAUGGAGAUUAUAGGGGAGAACUUCGUUCAUACAUGAGUGAACCUGAAUUAGCUGCAAUAAGUGGUGACCUCAGCCAAACUUCACUUGGUUUCAUAGGUUCUGACAGUGGAUACCAAACAUUACCUAUCAGAGGAUUAUCUGGAUCAACUUCCAGACUGCACCAGACAUCCACCAGUUCAUCAUAUGCAACAUUUCAAAGAGAUAGCUCCAAGGAGAGACCAAAGAGUGCCUUGGAACGCUUAUACUCUGGAGACCACCAAAGAUGCAAGAUGAGUGCUGAGGAACAACUAGAAAGAAUGAAGCGACAUCAGAAGGCAUUAGUUCGUGAACGCAAGAGAACUCUUAGCCAAGGAGAAAGACAGUCUGUUUCAUCUCGGUCUUUCAUCCGGCCCGUUUCUGAGGACAUAGGCUCAUGGAAACGAGAACAAGAAUUUGAUUUGCAGUUACUUGAGAGAACAAUACGUGGAGAAGAGAAAAACGAAAAUGACAGGUUAAAAAUUCAGCCUGUACCAGUGACAGAGAUGGACCUGGAACCUCAAGAUUAUAACUUAGAUCUCAGCAGAGAGUUAUCAAAACCUGAAAAGGUGGCAAUUCCAGAACGCUACGUUGACCUGGACCCUGAAGAACCUCUCAGUUCAGAAGAAUUAGCUGCAAGACACCGUAAUGCAGAAAAGAUAAAGAAUAUUCUUACCAGGUCGAGUAAGCACAACCUACAGCCUGCUGUUGCUCAGGACAAACACAACUCAGUUGAUUUAGAUUCACAGCUGCAGGAGCAGGAACGCAUUAUUACCAUAUCAUACGCUUUGGCUUCUGAAGCCUCUCAACGGAGCAAGGAAGUAGCAGCUCACCAGUUGACCUACCCAUCUAAAGCACCCUCACCUUCUGUACCACAGCCACCUCACUCCCCCUUAAGCAAUGGAUUUCACUACACAUUUGUCUAAACACCUUAAAACCAAAGCAGUCACUGAACAUUGACAUAAGAUACAACCCAACAUCGAUCUGAUGCCAGAGCAUGGAAGAAAGAAUGUCUUCAUUACACCAGCUUCUCUGAAGAUACUCAUCAGCUGAUCUCAUAAUUUUUCAAAAACAAAUUCAGAGAAUAAUAGAGGGAUUUUCUAUGAAAAACAAAUAAAUUCAAAUCAUUUUAGUUUGGCAUUGUUUUAGUUCAGACUUUUUAUAUAAAUAAAUGGCACUUUUAAGAUACUCUGUAAAAUACUGAUGUAUUUUUAGAAACAAUAUAUUUUAAAUUUUUUUAAUCAAGGGCUGAGAUCAUUUUUUUUAAAAAACUGCUUACACAGACUUUACAAAAUGUAUAUCAAAUAAUCUUGGAAGCACAUCAUGGCAUUUGGGUAAAGCUAACUCAAGUGAGAAGCAUACUGAGAAUUUUCUUCUUUUUUUGAUCACUCUCGUGUCCUUUAAGAAAUAGCAAAGGACUCAGCUUGCAUUUCUAAAUGUUAGUAACCAUCAUGUUUGCACACAAUGAACAAAAUUAUGGCACUCAGCUUCUAACUCCUGUACAUUUUUUAAUUCCAUGUAGUUAAUUUUCAAAUAUAAUACCCAGUGUGUUGGCAUUGACAAUAGCACUGUCCGCAUCAGUAACAAGAAGCUACAAAAAUAUUUUUUUCUUAAAUUAAGAGGACUGGGAAGUAAAAGAGAUUUUAAUUCUACUGUGUGAAGUAAGCAAUAAAAUGUUAAUAGAAUGUGUGAUUUUACUAGUAAAAAAUAUAUAUAUAUUUAAUUGUUUUAAUUAAAAAGCAAUAUAUGAUGUAUUGCAUUAUCCUGGAAACAACAGAAAUAAUGUACUGUGGCACUUGCUAAUUUUGUAUGUAAAUUUAACUGGUGCUUAAUUUUGCCAAAACUUUCAAGUCUGAUGUUUUGCUUGGGUAUAAGGUGAAGAGUUGGCCACUUACGUAUGAAGAAAAUGAAUUUAAAUAAAUUGCUGUUGCUUCUUUACUUGAAAAAAGUAUGCGUACACUUUCAGUGUAAGGCAUGCAAAAAUCACACAAUACUGUGUAAUUUUUAGUUGAGUCCAGUGCUAAGGGAGGAAUGAUUCACAAAUACUGUGCUGUGUUUUGCAAGACUUUUAACUUCUGUUUCUUUGCUGCAUUCAGAUAAUGGGUUUAAAAAGAAACUACAUGGAUUGAGCUUCACAUUUGUUUAAAAUGCAUAAAAUAAAAAUUCAUAUUGUAUUUUUAUGAUAUUCAGAAACUAUUCUUAAGAAAUAUAUUUAGAAAAUGCAGUCUAUUUUUCACUAACUCAAUACUGCCAGUGUCAGCUUCAUAACAUUUUGCCAAAAUAAAAUUUUUAUUUUUGCCUUUAUAAAAAAUGUUUGAAAAACAAUUAAAUGAAUAUCUUGCAAGAAAAUGUUAAUUUAAAUAAAAUGUAACAGUUUGGGGAAAAUGGUGUAUGUACAGAUUAAAAUAUUAACAUAACACUUCUACUGCUUUUGUCUUGUCAGCUGUCCUGUUGAUUAUUUUCAACAUUGUUUUUAAAAUCCCCAUUAAUUACAUUUUGUUUUCCCUGGUUCUGACCCAAGCCCAUUGCUGUCCAUGGGAGUUUUUCCAUUUAUUUAUAUAGGAAUUGAAUCAGGCCUCCUGUGUAUCAAGUGCUGAACUUAGGACAGCUCUUAAAUACAUACUUAAGUCCAUCUCUGUUCAGGAAAGCACUUAAGUACAGGCUUUCCUGAAUUGGAACCUAAAUGUUGAUCUUUCCUAGUUUACAGUUUUCUCAACUGCCAAAUUCUUGACACUUGGUAUAGUAUGAAAUUAAAGUAGCUAGAGUAAUUUACAUGUUCUGUGUGCAAAAAGUGCAACUCCCCAUCGCUAAUCCUGUAAACAUCAUGUGGUUGCUUGUGCAACGUAUGGACAAACAUUAACCAAUAAAAUGUCUGGAAACCAACUGGAAUUUAAGACUUCUGUAAUAGCAGGCGAGAGUCAGUUUGUA